AUGCAAAAAGAAACUCAUUCAUUCUUUUGUUUACCUUUUUUUUUAUUAGCUUGGAGGGAACAUCAGGUUCAAAUUGCCUAUGAUAACUUGAAAAAGGCCCAAGAACAAGAACAAAAUGCUAGUCGACAAGCCUGGAAUGAUUAUAUAGAAACAUGUAGCAGAUUACCUGUCAUACAAAAGCAACAGAAAAAGUCAAACGAAUUAUCAGCUAUUACUAAUGUACAAACUAUCAAGUCUACUGAAGAUGAUGAUGAUUUCCAACCUAUCCCGACAGUCAAACGUCGACGGUUACAAAAAGACACAAAAUCAUCAACGCCUGAUAUACUAGAAAAGAGCACAAACUUAUAUCAGGGUUCAAUAGGUGACAAUACCAACAACAAAAACGAUGAUGAUGACGAUGACAAUCACCUGCUUGAUGAAAAGCAUACUACCAAUGGAAUAUCAAAAGUAUCAAAUUCAAUAACAAGUUCCAGUCAAUCUUCUGCAAUACAACGAAGUCUUGAAAAGAUACCAAAGAUCUAUGUCUGUAGUCGAACGCACAAGCAAAUUGAACAACUGAUUGGUGAAUUGAAAGAACUGACAAAUUAUAGACCUAGAAUGACAGUGCUUGGUAGUCGAGAACAACUUUGUGUUCACCCCAAAGUAUCAAAAUCCGCUAACAAGAAUGAUGACUGUACAUCUUUAUUGGAUACCGCCAGCUGUGUAUAUGCAAGACAGACAAAUCAACUUUUAGGUCAUGCCACUGUACGACCAAGCAAUAGAGCACUUUGGGAUAUUGAAGAUAUUGUUAAAUUGGGAAAAUCCACUAGAGGUUGUCCAUAUUACGCUACACGUUCCUUGUUUGAAAAUGCUGAAAUUAUCUUUUGUCCUUACAACUAUGUGAUUGAUCCAAUCAUUAGAAGAAUCAUGGAUAUCAAGGUGGAAGGAAACAUUAUUAUUUUCGAUGAAGCUCAUAAUAUUGAAGAUAUAGCUCGAUCUGCAGGGUCAUUCGAAACUACUGAAGCUGAUCUGAAACGAAUACAAAAGGAACUCAAUCAAGUUAUUCGGGGGCAACAAUUACCAAAUGAUCAUAAUACGGUUCUGUUUGUUGUGGAUACUUUAUUGGAAUGGAUUAUAGAGCCAAAUAACUCAUAUUCUAUCAAGGAAUACGAAAAGCAUGUUCAUAUAUGGUCCGGUGCACAGAUUAUAUCCAAAUUGUCCGAGUUGCAUAUCAAUCCCACGACAUUUGAAAGCUCUAUCCAACCGGCGUACAAAAAUAUCAAGGCACAUACAGAAAGAAUCAUGAACGAGGCUGAAGACAAAUCGAUAUCAACAACUGCAUCUAUUGGUCAUGGUGGUGGCAGCAGUAGUCAAGGACAUGAUAAGCAUACGAGAGAAUGUAUCACUACUUGGGCACUUCGACAAUUAGAUGGACUCUUUAUGGUAUUCAAUUUUUUAUUCCAAGAUGGAUUUGAUCGAUCAUUUGAUUACAGCAUGGCUCUGAUCAAAAAGAUACACAAGGCUUCCAAUUUUGUUAAGGAUGCCUCUUGGGUAUAUAAACUUGGAUUUUGGUGUCAUGACCCUGGUGUCGUCUUUCAGGAACUCUCCUCAGUUGCACACUCGAUGAUCUUGACUAGUGGUACUUUGUCUCCGCUAGAUACUUUUGCUACCGAACUAGAUACAAAAUUCACUAGUGUACUUGAAGCCAAUCAUGUCAUUGAUUCAUCUCAAGUAUGGGUUGGUACUAUUCCUGUUGGUCCAAAUGGUACUCAUCUCAAAGGGGUAUAUUCUGUUGUAGAAACAUUCAACUACCAAGAUGAUAUCGGUCAAGCUCUUCAACACAUUGUCGACACUGUUCCCUUUGGUGUUUUAUGUUUCGUCCCAUCUUACUCAACUCUAGACAAGCUUAUCAAACGAUGGAAGGCCACGGGUGCUUAUUCAAAACUGGAAGCAAAAAAGGUCAUCUAUAUAGAACCUCAAGGUGACAAUAAGCAAACUUUCCAAUCUCAACUUCAAGGUUUUUAUGAUACGGUGAAACAAGCUGAACAACAGUCUAGUGGAUGUACUGGUGCACUCUUUUUUGCUGUGUAUCGAGGCAAAAUUAGUGAAGGAAUCGACUUUAGCAACAAUGAUUGUCGGGCAGUAGUAGCGAUCGGCAUUCCUUAUCCAAACUUGUACUGA